UUGUGUUUUUCAGAAAUGAAACUUGUUUUAUUAUUUGUAUGUUUCUUCUCUGUGUAUACUGAGGGACAACAGUUCGGCAGAAUUGUCAGAAAUGUGAAUACCAACAUAUUCUCAUCUCUGGUGGAGAAAAAUAAAGACUCCAAUGUUGUGAUUUCUCCGCUAAGUAUUGGUAUAGCACUGUCUAUGCUAUACGAAGGGACUGGUGGAAGAACAAGAGAACAAUUGAAAACUGCUCUUCGCUUCCCGGACCCAACAUCUAUUCAGGAAGAUGUAUCAGGGUUGGUAGAUGAGUACGAGAAUAAUGCAACUAAUAUUACUCUCAGGAUGGGAAACGGGGUUUUCCUGACAGGAGAUAUUACACCCAAACAACAAUUCUUGGAUACAGUAGUUUCCAUGUACCGAGGAGAAGUAGCAGAACUCUUCAAUAUCUUACAGAGUUAUUUUAGUUUCCAUGUACCGAGGAGAAGUAGCAGAACUCUUCAAUAUCUUACAGAGUUAUUUUAGUUUCCAUGUACCGAGGAGAAGUAGCAGAACUCUUCAAUAUCUUACAGAGUUAUUUUAGUUUCC